AUGAAGCGGGACGGACACUCGUUGUAUUCCAGGCGGCAGUCGCAGCAGGACCCGCCGUCGAGGUGGGAGCAUGAGGCGGCACAGGAGGAGGCGCAGGGGGAAGAAGCGGCGAAGGUCUCGCUCGAGAUCAAGAAAGCGCCGAAAGGUGAUGCCAGCACGUAUUCUCCCAGCAAGGCCGAGGACAAAGACUCCGAAAGCGACGAGGAAAGCGAGCGGAGUGAGGACAAGCAACAAGCUGCCAAAGAAGCAGCCGUGAAAGCUACCGAAAAGGCACUCACGCAAGCUCGGAAGGCCGUCCAAGAUGCUAUAAAGGAAGAAGAAGCGAGGCAACGCGCCCAGGUCGAGGGCGACGUUCUUGCAGUGCAAGCCGAGGUGGAGCAGGAGAUUGCGGCCAGACUGUCGGAUGCCAAGGAGAAGCUGAUGGCAGAAAAGGCUUCGCGACUGCAGGAGGCUGAGGAGAGGCUUGACCAGGUUUUCGCCUGUCGCCUGCAAGACGCCACAGCCAACAUGCGCAAAGCUAUCCAGGCAAAUGUUGACGAGGGUCGCAAGGAGCUCGAAGCCAAGGCCCAGAAGGCUCUCCAGGAUGCUCGAGCAAAGCAGCUUAAUGGACAGGCGGAGAAGCUUCAAGAGGCCGAGAAGCGGCUGAAAGAUGCAAAGGCGAGAUUAAGCAAUCUGAAAGGCGACACCUCCAAAGGCAAUGACGAUGGGUCAGAAGAGGCCAGCGCCAACGAAGAUGAGGAGGAGGAGGAAGAAGAAGAGGAGGAGAUCGGUUCUGAUGAGUCUGGGAGCGACUCGGGCUGA